GUUAGUUAAAUUAACUUCGAGUUAAGUCCGUAACUAAUAGUUAAAUUUUAAACUGUUAGUUAGCUAAUAGAUAGUUAAAAUUGAGUUGCACGAAAAGUUAUUAACUCCUAAUUAACUAACUAUUAUUUAACAGAGAAAACUCUGUUAAACUUUCGUUAAAUCCGUCUGCACGUGCAUUUUACCUUCCCUACUGAAAAAAAAGAUGGCCACUAUUUUAAAGAAGAGCAGAAGUUGUAAUUGGAGCCUAGCAGAGAUAAGCGCGCUGACGGAUUUUGUUGAAAAAAAUGAACAUAUUUUAAAGGCCAAGCAUUCGAAUCUAAUAACUAACGCUAAGAAAAACGCAAAAUGGCAGGAGCUGACCGAAAACAUCAAUGCAAUGGGUGUGCAGAGGAGGACAGUAGAUCAGGUCAAGUUUAAGUGGGGGAAUUUGCAGCAGGGGGCAAAGAAGACCUUCAGCGAAGCGAAGAAGUCGUUGAAGAUGACAGGUGGAGGCCCCCCGCCUAAGCCACCGACUGCCGCUGAGGAGAAAAUCAUCGGAAUGAUGAAAGACAGGCCAAACUUCAGUGGCAUUGUCGGUGGCUUCGAGUCGUCAAUGCCACCCCCUGCAGCCGUGAUGGAAAAUCCUUCUGGACUCACUAUUACUGAGAUGCAGACAACUGAUCCUGUGGACUCAGUACCAGCUUCCAUACCUGAAUCUGCAUGUACUUCGAAUUGUGAAAGUAAUCUGACUGCACCCCAAGCAGACGAGAUACAUGAAAUCCGUGAACCUGCUGUCUCCGAAACUUUAGAAAGUGAACCAAAGAGGAGGAAAAAAGUAUCAAUGGAAGAAUUGCAGAAAAUGCAAUAUGAGGUAUUACGUUGUCAGAAAACACACUUCGAGCUUCAGACUAUGAAAUUAAAAAAGGAAAUGGAUAGAGACGAUAUGGAAAAAGAAAACUUGAGAUUAAGAAAUGUAAAGCUGUCUCUGGAGAUUGAAUGUUUAAAACAGACUGUAAGCCAAAAUGAAAGUGCCAUGUUUGCCUUACAGGCUAUCAAUGAAAUUUAAGUGACAUUGUUCAAGAGGGAGAAGAGAAUCAUCAGCCUGUUGAAUUCAAUUUCAUUCAUUCUUUCACCUUGUUACUAAUCCAUUUAUACAUAGUCAUCGUAUUCGUCUUUUAACUCUUUUGUACGUCUUUGUGAAUAGUGUUUGCUGAGAUAGAUAUUUGUAGGAUGAGUAUUUUAUCAGAAAUUGAAGAACGAGUUUUUAGGGAGUGGUAGUUGUGAACGCAUGUGUGUGAACUUAUACAAAAAGG